AUGGCUCAUCGAAAUACCGGUUCCUACAGUAUGCACCAAAUGAGGGAGGAUCACAGACAUCAACUUCUCGAUGUCAACGAAUUUUUGAAAAAGAAAGUAGUCAGAAACUCGCGAGAAUAUCUAAAGCAUCCAAAACCGCCAGAGCCGCAGUGCCACGAUGUACUCGAUUUAACGAAGCUUCUUGAAAGAACCAUCAAUGCGUCUAGUAGGAUUAUUGAUAGUGCACUUGGUCGUAAGCGUACAGCACUUGAUUUGUUACGUGAUCGUUCCCCUUUUCCGGACAACUACACUUUCUCGGCUCAUUACGGGCGCCCUCAGCCUUAUUCCCCGUUGAGUAAUCAUGAUCACGCCACAGAAGUUGAUCUCGAAUGGCUCUUUGCAAUCUUCAACACCAUUUUUUUCAUGAAUGCACUUCCAACCAAUACCGAAGUCAUUCGGCAAGACAGUUUAACCUUCAAUCUUGAACGUAGGGUUAUUCUCCCCGAAAGAGAAAAUGCAAUAUUUGCUGGCUCCUCUCCUUCCGCUUUUGUCGACAAUGUUCAUGCGGGGUUUGAGAGGAGGGACGAUCAUAAGUUUCUACCUCCCACGAUCAACGUUCCUUCUAGCCACAUUGAUUUUUCGCAUACCGAACACGUGGUUCCUUGGGAGGAUCAAGUUGGUAGUCUCUUGGGGUCAAUGAUCGAUCUCUUUAUACAGUACUACAGUUGUAGACAGGAUGGAUGCUGGAAUAAUAAAUACACUCAUGGUAAAAAGCACAGAGGAGAAGCGUGGCAAAUUGUCGCAUACCGUUUCGAAACAUCUAUAACAAUGAAACACACCCAAGAGGCACUGGGAAGCCCUAUAAAUUUGAGAAGGGAAGAUUAUGAGUGGGAUUUGAAUUAUUGGAGCAUAGGAGGGCUUGACAGUCUUGAGCAAAUACGGGCUUUGCGCGAGUCUUUCAAUUCUCGUUCUGAUUCUGGAGCCAGAGGACAUCGUCUUGAAGGUAGAGAAUCUCGUUCUGGAGGGCCACAGUAUCUUUUCGAUGAGAGAGGAUCUCGAUUUAGAGCGGGAGGAUACGGUCUUGAAGGAAUAUCGGAAGAAGGAGAAACCCGCGCUAGGGCAGCGCCAUUUCGCUCCAGAAGACCAGAAAAUCGUACUGAACUGGGAGUGUCUCAAUAUGGAGGUUCAGAAUCUCGCUCUAGGGAGGAUGCAUUUCGUUCUAGGGAGGAUGGAUCUCGUUCUAAAAGGUUGGGACUUCGAGGUCUGUUCAGAAGAACAAGAGGGCAAUGA